GCUGCUCCGGGGCCGCUUUCUCCGCGCGGUGGCUGCAGCGCUCGUCGCGGGCGGGCGGCCGGCAGCCUGGGAGGGGCGAACCCGCGGGCACCUGAGCGCCCACUGCGCCCCCUGCACGGGGCGAACGCAGGAGGGGCGCCAGACCCCUCUUGGGGACAGUCAGGUGCAAGCUAGGGCUGGUGGGGCCGGGACAGACGCGGGAGGUGGAAGGACAGUGGCAUGGCGGGGGUGGCGUGCGAGCCGGUGGCCAGGCCGAGCCUGACCUCCAUCUCCUCGGGGGAGCUGCGCAGCCUGUGGACGUGCGACUGCGAGCUGGCCCUGCUGCCGCUGGCACAGCUGCUGCGCCUGCAGCCCGGGACCUUCCAGCUGCGCGGCGACCAGCUCGUGGUGCCCGGGCCUGGGGACCCCGCGGCCGCGCGCGGGGGCUUCAACGUCUUCGGUGACGGCCUGGUGCGCCUGGACGGGCAGCUAUACCGCCUCAGCAGCUACGUCAAGAGGUAUGUGGAACUGACCAACUACUGUGACUAUAAAGACUACAGGGAAACCAUAUUGAGCAAACCAAUGCUGUUCUUUAUUAAUGUACAGACCAAAAAAGACACCUUAAAAGAAAGGACAUACGCGUUUCUGGUGAACACGAGGCACCCGAAGAUAAGAAGACAGAUAGAGCAAGGGAUGGACAUGGUCAUUUCUUCAGUGAUUGGGGAAAGUUACCGGCUUCAGUUUGAUUUUCAAGAGGCAGUGAAGGAUUUUUUCCCUCCAGGAAACGAGGUGGUUAAUGGAGAAAAUUUGAGCUUUGCCUAUGAAUUCAAAGCUGACGCAUUAUUUGAUUUCUUCUAUUGGUUUGGGCUCAGCAACUCCACUGUGAAAGUGAAUGGGAAAGUUCUGAAUUUGUCAAGUACGAGUCCAGAAAAGAAGGAGACGAUUAAGUUAUUUCUGGAUAAAAUGAGUGAACCUUUAAUCCGAAGGAGCAGUUUCUCUGACCGAAAAUUCAGUGUGACUUCCAGAGGUUCAAUAGAUGAUGUUUUUAACUGCAAUCUGUCACCCAGAGCAUCUCUGACAGAGCCUCUUUUGGCAGAAUUACCGUUUCCAAGUGUUCUGGAAUCUGAAGAGACGCCCAACCAAUUCAUCUGAUUGGACUGAACAUUGUAGCCGUUGCUCCUACACCCAGGCGUGUGCCGGACUGCAGGCUUGGGGCAGGGGCGGAGGGAGGUGGGAGGCGGGCGGAGGUGGGAGGCGGGCACUUCCAUGGCUUCUAUGGAGGACUCCUUUCUUCCACUUCCAUGGGUGUGAUGCCCUGGAAGGCCCCAUGCAGCUGGCUCCCGUAAAGGUUAUGGUUGCCAGAAUGGAAGGGCCUCGGCCCCAUGGCCUUGGGGAUGGGGGGAUAUCUUCUACUUUGGACACUUCUCCAAAGAGGCAGGGGAGCUGCACAGUCCUGCACCCAGAACGCUUUGCUCAGUGAGAAAGAAUACGUGCAGCUCACCACAAACCUAGGGGAGUUUUCCUGGCAGCCUUUUUGGGGAUCGUCUGACUUGGGUAUUGACCCAUGACACUUCAUAAAUCAGUGUCAUAACUUGGGCCCUCUGACUUGGGACAACCUGUUUGGACUCAAACCCAGCAAGCAUGGAGUCAGCAGUGAUUUUCUCUUGCAGACCUGGCUGGGCAAAAGCCUAUGCCAGCUUUCAUUGGAAGGCAGGUGUGUUUUUUCAUCCUACCUAUACCAAACCUUAAGGUAAAGGUAAAACAUUCAAGGUAAAGUUCACUGUAGGGCUGGCCUCGUUGCUAGGAUGGUAACUCUGCCACCCACUGCCUGAGAUUUGAACUCCCUUGGCCUCCCUUUUAAUGAAGUGACCCAUGUGGAAUGGGGCCAGGUGAUGUGGUGCCAGACAGUGACAUGGGAAGGGUAAUGGACAGGUAGUGUCCUCCUUAUUGAAAGCACAUUUGUCAGUUGGGUAUUUUAAAUAAGCUUUUAGCCAUCCCAACACUAAAAGCAAGCUAGGAGAAAGCUACACCAUUACCAUAAAACAUUGUUACAUCAGUACAUUUUCAUCUCAUUGCUGCAAUGGAAUUCUUCAAAAGGAAAAAAAUCACCCUAUCUACAUAUAAAAACCUGCAUGAAUGAGUCAGAACAUAUGAUUAUAAUGAGGAAGAUUUAUGGGUCCUGAGUGUAACUUUUCUAUCCUUUUAAAAAAUGUGUCCCCGUAUUACACAUUUUGAUAACACUACUGAUCUUUUCAUUUAUAUUUGAAAUGUUAUGGUACUACAUUUGCACAAUUAAAACUUUUCUUAGCAUUCAA